CUCGCGGCCUUGUGAUGUCAGACCCAUAUUUCCCUUGUAGGAAGCGGUGCACUGACGUUCUGCGCCCAGGGAUCGUAUCUGCUGUUUGACAGCUGAGGUUUUGGCGAGAGGGUGUAGAAGCGAGGGGCGAUGAGCAGCAUGCAGCCACGGCGCCCUGAUAGGUUUGAUGGCCUAGAAUACCGAGGGACGUCGUGGGGACGAGGAGAAGGAGACCCUCCGCCUUAUCAGUCCAGUUUCCCCGCAAGGUCAUUUAGUUCCUCCGGGGACCUGUCACAGCACUGGGUAACCACUCCGCCUGAUAUCCCGGGCAGCCGCAACCUUCACUGGGGAGACAAGAGCCCGCAGUAUGGUGGAGCCGAUAGUAACGCUGGGCCGCCCGCCUUCGGGGAGGAGAACAGCAACAGCGCCAAUAGCGGGGAACAACUGAAUCGAUUUGCUGGAUUUGGCAUUGGUCUUGCAAGUCUUUUUACAGAGAAUGUUUUAGCUCAUCCAUGCAUUGUGUUGCGCCGCCAGUGCCAGGUGAACUAUCAUGCUCGAAAUUACCAGUUGUCGCCAUUUAAUAUUGUUAAUAUUAUGUACAACUUCACUAAAACACAGGGCCUGCGAGCACUCUGGAAAGGAAUGGGAAGCACAUUUAUUGUUCAGGGCAUAAGUCUUGGAGCAGAAGGCAUCCUUAGUGAAUUUACUCAUUUACCAAGGGAACUUAAUCAUAAAUGGAACCCAAAGCAAAUAGGGGGGCAUCUUCUUCUGAAAGGAUUGGUCUAUGUUAUUGUAACUCCCUUUUAUUCGGCAAGUCUCAUUGAAACCGUCCAGAGUGAAAUUAUACAUGAUAACCCUGGAAUAUUGGAUUGCCUAAAAGAAGGAAUGGGCAGGGUACUGAACCUAGGUGUCCCUUACAGUAAGCGGCUGCUACCACUUCUUGUUCUUACAUUUCCCACUGUUCUUCAUGGCAUUCUACAUUACAUCGUCAGUUCCACCGUCCAGAAGUGUGUCCUGUUCUUCAUAAAGAAAAAGAGUCCUCCACGGCUUCCAGCAGAUGGCUCAAACACUGUUCAAAACAAACUAGAAGAUUAUUUCCCAGAACUUAUAGCAAAUUUUGCUGCAAGCCUUUGUGCUGAUGUUUUGCUCUAUCCUCUAGAGACCGUACUGCACAGACUUCACAUUCAGGGAACACGUACUAUUAUAGACAAUACAGACCUUGGCCAUGAAGUUGUCCCAAUCAACACUCAAUAUGAAGGACUGAAAGACUGCAUCAAUACCAUUAAAAGGGAAGAAGGUGGACUGGGAUUUUACAAAGGGUUUGGUGCUGUGGUGGUACAGUAUACACUUCAUGCUAUUGUUUUACAAAUAACUAAAAUAAUUUAUUCUUCUGUAGUGCAAACUGCUAGCUAAUAGAAUCAUACUAUCCACAGAAACAGCUUGCUGCCACCAUCUUCUUUUAUAACAAUAAUAAAUUGCAUUUUUUUCUCCACCCAUGCGAAACAGUUGUACUUGGAAAUCUAAUUAGGCAUAUACAACCUGGGUUUAUGCAUCAGAUUUUCAGAAUAGAACUUCAGUUUUGUCCUGUGAAAAACACAUUGUCUUACUGCCAGUGCUGCUAAACAACGUGGCCUUUCGUAAAUGUGCAUCUUUCGUAGUAAUUCUUCUUUUUUCUAUCAAAAAAUGUAAGCUGGUACCUAAACCGUAUGAAUCAGUGUCCCGUUAAAAUGACAUUUUCUCUGCCAAUGACUUGCAUAAUAUUACUGCCGAUCCUCUGUAAAUAAAUGUGCAAAAAAA